AUGUUCGAAGUUGUCAUACUUCGACUCUGUAAUAUAGUUAGCAGUGGAAGUAGUAGUAGUAGUAAUAGCAGUAGUAGAAUUAAUAGUUGUAGAAUUAGUAGUAGUAACAGUAAUACCAGCAAUAAUAGUAGUAGCAACAAUAGCAGAAGCAGUAGUAGUAUUACUGGUAGAAGCAGCAGGAGCAGUAGUAGUAGUAGCAGUGGUAGUAGUAGUAGUAACAGUAGUAAUAGAAGUAGCAGUGGUAGUGGCAGUGGUUGUAGUAACAGUAAUAGUUGCAGUAGAAGCAAAAAUAGUAGUAAAAGUAGUAGCAGAAGUAGUAGUAGUAGUACUAGUAGAAGGGGUGAUCCUGACAGUGAAAGUGUGAGACUUCUACCUCCUGAUGUCAGAGCAUCAUCAGACUCUGAUGAUAAUGGUGGCCAAACAGAGACACAGCCAGGGAGUGUGGAGGUUGUAUCUGACACUAAGGUUGACGUGCAGCCAUCCCCUGAAAUUUCAUCAGACACAGCCAGUAGGCUUACACCUACCGAUUCCAGUGUGCCCUUGGAUAUUGGACAGGGUUAUGGGUCAUCAACACAAUCCGGCCUAUAUAGCUGCAGAGGAGCAGGAAAUAUAGGCCAGCCUGGUGCAGCUGUACAACCUGCUCUUUUCCAGGGCCAACCAGCACCAGCAUGA